AUGAGGUCUCUCACCGGGUGUAUUCUGUUCAGUCUGGCGACUGCAGUUCUCUCUGUGCCGCUUUCUGAAGUUUCUGUGGAAGAUGAAAGUUUUGCAAAGAACUACCUGAAGAAAUUCUUCAACCUCACAGAGGAGGAGGGUCCAGCUGUCAGAAGGGGCAUCAGCCCGCUGAACAAGAAGCUGGCUGAGAUGCAGAGAUUCUUUGGUCUCCAGAUCACCGGGUCUCUGGAUGCUGACACUUUGGCCAUGAUGAAGAAGCCCCGCUGUGGGGUUCCCGAUGAACAGGUCGCUCGUUUCUCCAUUUAUGGAAAAAAAUGGCAGAAACGCAGCCUCACAUACAGGAUAGAGAACUACACACCUGACAUGUCUGUGGCAGAGGUGGAUGCUUCCAUAGGCAAAGCUCUGCAGGUGUGGGCCAAAGUCACUCCACUGAGGUUCACAAGGAUCUACAGCGGCAUUGCUGAUAUUAGGAUCUCCUUUGUUCGCCGGGAACAUGGUGAUUUUAAUUCCUUCGAUGGGCCCGGUAACACUCUUGCCCACGCCUUUGCUCCCGGUGAUGGUCUUGGAGGGGAUGCUCAUUUUGACGAUGAUGAAUCUUUCACGUUCCGCUCAAGCCGUGGCGUCGUCCUCUUCAUUGUUGCCGCCCAUGAGUUUGGUCACUCUCUGGGCUUAGGUCAUUCCAAUGUCCCUGGUGCCCUAAUGUACCCAACGUACUCCUACAGAAACCCUGACACCUUUGUUCUGCCUCAGGAUGAUGUUAGGGGCAUUCAGUACCUCUAUGGUUCAAACUCUAGGAAGGAUCCCUCUGUGGAUGAUCCCAAACCUCCCACUACUCCUGAUGCCUGUGAUUCUACCAUGGUAUUGGAUGCUGUCACAACCCACAGAGGAGAGAUUAUCUUCUUCAAAGACAGCUUCUUGUGGCGUAGCUUCCCCCAGAGCCAGACUCCACAGCAAAGCCUCAUCAGAAGCUUGUGGCCCAGUGCCCCUGUGGACAUCGAUGCUGCGUAUGAGAGCCGACAGUUAGACACAGUGUUUCUGUUCAAAGGUCGCAAAGUGUGGGCCUUCACUGGCAACCAGCCCGUGCGGGGCUACCCUAAAACACUAACUGCUUUUGGUCUGCCAAAAGGAGUGAGGAAAAUCGACGCUGCCCUUCAUGAUGUAAACUCUGGCAAAACUCUCUUCUUUGUAGGCAAUAAUUACUUCAGUUAUGAUGAGUCCAGAAAGACUAUGGAGCAGGGAUAUCCCAGACUGGUGAAUCAGGCCUUUGCAGGCCUGACCAGAAGAGUUACAGCAGCUUUCCAGCACAAAGGUUACACUUACAUUUACAGUGGACCCUACAUGUAUGAGUACGACCUGGGGACUGGGACACGGCACCGUGUGUUGAGGAACAGUUACUUCCUGCGCUGCACGAACUCCUAGACGAAUGGGUCUUUGUUUUUACAGUAUGUAGUAAUUGUGCAAACUAAGACAAAAAUCUGUAAACAAAGCCUACAGUAUUAUUCAAGUACUUCACUGAAAACAUUUAAACUGCACUUUUCUCAAUUUCUUUUUAAACAUAUAAUAAAAGUGGGGCUUAAGGAGUCAGUACUAUGAUCUAUAAAUAUAUGAUCUACACAUCCUUGCCUCUGCUAAAUUAUUUUGAUCCCAGGUGGACACAAAAUCUUUGCCCUUGCCUGAGUAAUUCAUUGUACUUUAACAACAGUUACAGCUCAAAUAAGAUUGUUUAGUGCUGCAAGUUUUGCUGAAACAAAACAAAACAAGUUUAUACUGGAAACAACUAAAUUAAAAACUGAUAUUGGUAUCCUGAUAUGACUGAACACCCUCUAAAGAUUUUGAGAAUAUUAAAGAGAAAUUGAACCACUGACCAAGUAGUAUUAUGUUAAAGGGGGAUUUAAUACUGCAUUGUGCUAUAGCUGCA